GCGACCCGUUGCUCUGGAGACGCGCUUCGGGACCUGGGGGGCCGCAGCAACCGCCCGGGCCUAGCUCUAGAGAUCCUCUGGAUUCAGACGCCCGAUUAUGGCCGCGUCCACACGCGGCCCGUCCUUAUCGGUCGGCGGCGCCGAGGGCUUGUUCGAUGCCGACAGGAGCUCGGGGGAGCCCGAGAACACCUAUAUUCUGAGGCCCAUUUUUCAGCAAAGGUUUAGACCCUCUGUGGUUAAAGACUGCAUCCAUGCCGUGCUCAAGGAGGAACUGGCAAGUGCUGAAUAUUCUCCAGAUGAAAUGCCUCAUCUCACAAAACAUCUAUCAGAACUCAUUAAAGAUAAACUAAAAGAACUGGGAUAUGACCGGUAUAAAAUGGUGGUUCAAGUAGUGAUUGGAGAACAGAGGGGUGAAGGAGUAUUCAUGGCUGCUCGGUGUUUCUGGGAUGCAGACACUGACAAUUACACCCAUGAUGUCUUCAUGAAUGACAGCUUAUUCUGUGUUGUAGCAGCGUUUGGUUGUUUCUACUAUUGAAUCUUUGGAAGGAGUGACUGUGACUACGAAGACACCUUAACUUUUCCAUGUUGUUAAAUAUUCUGACCAAAUAAAAAUAAGAUGGCACUUUGGCACCUAAAA